AUGUUUGACAGCUCACAGUAUCCCUACAAUUGCUUCAAUUACGACGCCGACGACUACCCAGCCGGCAGCUCGGACGAGGAGAAGCGGCUCACGCGGCCCGCAUACAGCUACAUCGCGCUGAUCGCCAUGGCCAUUCAGCAGAGCCCCUCAGGCAGGGUGACCCUGUCCGGCAUCUACGACUUCAUCAUGCGCAAGUUCCCCUACUACCGAGCCAACCAGCGCGCCUGGCAGAACUCCAUCCGCCACAACCUGUCCCUCAACAGCUGCUUUGUCAAGGUGCCUCGGACGGAAGGCCACGAGAAGGGCAAGGGCAACUACUGGACGUUCGCGGGCGGCUGCGAGUCGCUGCUGGACCUCUUCGAGAAUGGCAACUAUCGGCGGCGCCGGCGCCGUGGCCCCAAGCGGCAGGGGGUGGGGGAGGCGAGGGCGGGGGGCGCGGAGGGGCCUCCGGGGCCGCCUGAGCCAGCCCCGCACCGCCAGCCCCCGGCCCCUGUUAGCUGCGCUGCCACGGGGAAGGAGGAGCCCAGGGGCAUCAAGUUCAGCAUUGACUACAUCCUGUCCUCGCCCGACCCUUUUCCAGGGCUCAAGGAUCCCUACGGCCCCCAGGAGGGCAGAAACCCCUGGCUGGAAACCCAGCAAAUGAACCUCCACCUUUGGACAGUAUGA